UUGCUUUCUCAAACAUCAACACGUGAGGUCAUGUCCUUCCUUUGGGUUGCUCUGCAUUCCUCCACUUGUCUGGUUUGCAUGACCAGCAUUUUUAAAGGGUAUUCUUGUCAUUCAACCAAUUCCUUUCUCUUUCUUCUCUUCCCUUGUUUUCCUUCAUUUUCUUCCAUUUUCUUUGGAUUUUUUACCUCUAUUUCCUUUUCCCUCUAUUUGUUUGAUUGUUUUUCGAAUGAAAAAAAUGGGAACUUUGAGUUUGGGGUUAAGAUUUCAUCGUUACGAUUUCAUGUUUUAUAAAAUUUAAUUUCAUCAAUCUUUUUUAUUAUUAUUACAAUUUUUGGUUUGUCUUUUGAAUGGCCAAAGCUGAGGAAAUUGGAAAGAAAGAAACCCAACAAAACAAUUCCAUGCAACUGGCCAAUCUUCCAAGGGAUCUACUUCAAAGAUUCAUGUCAUCAACCAGCCAUUUUUCUCACAGAAAUCAUGAAGAGGAAGAAGAAAUUGGUGAAGAAGAACAUGUUCAGUUAAGCUUAGGACUUUCAUUGAAUGGUCGUUUUGGGGUUGACCCUAGAGCCAAAAAACUCACUAGAUCAUCUUCAAUACCAGAUUUCAACAGCAACUCAACAAGAAAUGACACUAAUGAAUCUUCUUCUUCUUUGUUCCCCAUGGCUUGUAGUUCUCUUGUGAGGACAUGUUCUUUGCCUACAGAGACCGAGGAAGAGUGGAGGAAGAGGAAGGAGUUGCAAAGUUUAAGGAGAAUGGAAGCUAAGAGAAAGAGAUCAGAGAAACAGAAGAAUUUGAAAGCUGUAAGGGAUAGGAAUAGAGCAGGUUUUGCUGAGGAGAAUUACGAAGAAGAUAAGAGAGACGAGGCUGGUAAUGGAGCUUAUUGGAUUCAUGGUGGUAGAGGAACUGUUGAAGCAGUAGCUGCUUCACAGGGUUCAAUUGGAUCCCAAGGAAGUGGUUCCUCAGGGAUAUCAGAACUUGAGUGCCAAUCAGCUCAAGGAAUUUACAAAUGCUCGGAAGCAAGAAGCCUUACUAGUGUGCAAUCUGCAGCAGAGACUGGGCAGAAACCAGUCAUCAUCCCUGGAAAACUCUUGACUCAAAAAUCAGAAAAGUUAGCUGGUGUUGUGACUGAUAAUCAGCCUAGUCAACCAGCAGUAGCUGAAAAGAGAGUUAAGGAAGUUGUGAGGAACAUUUUGGAGGAUAUGCCUUGUGUGUCAACAACAGGAGAUGGCCCCAGUGGGAAAAGAAUAGAAGGCUUUCUUUACAGAUAUAGAAAGGGUGAGGAGGUGAGAAUCGUAUGUGUUUGCCAUGGCAGCUUCCUCUCCCCGGCCGAAUUUGUGAAGCAUGCCGGUGGUGGUGAUGUAGCACAUCCAUUAAAGCAUAUAGUUGUUAACCCUUCUUUCCUUUUCUGAUGCAAAUCCACGAGGAGGAAUGCAGAGAAAAGGUUAAUGAAUUUUCGCCUUUAUUAAUUGCAAAAGCUCUUUUCUUUUAUUCUGGACAAGGCUAUUAACCUUUUUAGCGAAUGAAGCUUCUCUUUGAAAAGUUAAAAUGGAUGCAUUAUUUUCCUUUCAAGACUUCUGAUAUGAACUCUUCCAAUCUAUCACAAAUUCAAUCCUCAUUCAAACCAUAAAACAAAGGCUUCCUUUAAAAUCACAUGCUCGGCAAAAGGAAUCCUUGGAUCUCCUUCAAGGGACCUAAAUCAGCAAAAUCAUCAAUGGAAAAAUUGAAGUGAAAAGAGGCUGGAUUUGGAAAAGUAGUUAUUCAAGAAUUAAAAAAAAGAAAAAAGAAAAAGAAUUUGAAGGUUUCUAAUCCAUCCCGAAGGGGCAACCAUUUAAAGUGUCUUAAAGGGCAAUACAAUGGCAUAGUUAUUUCAGACCUGACUGAAAAUGUCAGUGAUAUGAUGGGUGAACAACCAAGUUUGAUUGCGCCACCUCAUGCACUAUGAUAUGUUCCAUAUACACGUAAUGCACAACCACAAUCUUUCUUGGACUCACUGUAUAACUCAGGAUUCUAACAAAAUAAAUCCUGAACCUCAUAUUCCCAUAAAAUCUCAGGGUUGUCUUGAUAAAUCUUUUGAGACUGGUUUCAAAGUCUUUUCAUGUAGUGGUGGCAUUUGGGGGCUGUCCCACGCACAAAAGAAUCAAACUGAAACUGCGAACGAUUGCCUCAUUGGAAUUUCAAGUGUUAGAGACCCUGCAUUAGCUUUAAAUCUCCUAAUAAUGGAAAAACAUCACCCAUUAUAAUCUGUCUUUCUUUUUACAACUCUAACAAGUCAGAGAACAGAUACAAAACAUCCUAGUAUUUAUUUCUUAAUCUUGGGUCCAAAAGGAAUUAGAAGUUUGCAUAUACCAGAGAAAGUGCUGCAGAUUAUUCCAAUG